GGAGGACUCAUCAUUCCACAUCGCAUUCCAAUUAGCCCAUUUACCCCAGCCUAUUUAAUGCUGUUUCACACUUUCUCCUGGGCUCAGUAUUAGGGUUUUUCCUGGCUAGAGCCACUUCCCAUUUUCGCUACGAUUUACUACUUGGUUUUUGGCUUCCUGACCCUGGUUUGUUCUCGGACUACGUCUCCUGUUUUUGGUACAUUGCUUAUCGUUCUGGUUUCGACUCUCCUUACGGCUCCGCUUCUGGUUUUGUACUUUUGCACCGGCUUGUUUACCUGCGGCUUUCGGACCUCGGAUUGUUAUAUCGACUACGCCUCUGGAGAUCGUUCUGGUUUUCUGCAUCGGGUCCUCUCUGCUAUUGCGUAACAAGUCUCACUUUGCCAUGUCAUAAUCUGAGAAUAAACCGAGUUGUUUAAUAUUUGGAGCAAUUCAAGUGGUUGAAGGCUUAAGAAGACAACCCCUCAGUCAUAGUUCAGUUUAAGAAAGCUCCGUUGCCUCCAUACCACUGGUUCACCACUCAAACACCGUAGUCGCACCUGAUUUGCUCUGUAAUCAAAUCUGAGCAUCCUCAGUAAGAGCGGUCAAACCCAAAUCCACGAUGGCGAAUGAUCUGACCGAGAUGCAGCAUGUAAAUACUACAAUCCCAUCACAGUGCCUUGAGGGACGCCCAGAAGCAGUGAGCGAAAUCUGAUUUAGAAGAGUCAACUCUGGGUAUCCAGAUAAGAGUCAAACCAAUGAGAGAAAACGGCAGUGACAAUUGCUCGUGUGAUCCAGGAGGAUACUGUAAUAGACACUCAAACUUUACACUUAAAUCCACGGAACAUAAUAUUAAGUGGCUGACGAUCCAAGGGCAUCAGCAAACCGAGAGCUACUUUAACAAGCGUUUUUGAGUACCGUCUCUUUCUAAACCCUGAAUAAAAAAAAGUGGUUUUGAAUGAAUACACCUUGGUAGCUGAUAAGAGAAUGUCGUUCAACAAACAAUGCUAUUUUUUACAACACCUACGUUUUAACAAUAGGAAUCGCAUAUCCGUGUAAUCCGAUCCCAAAGACCUUUCACCGUAACACUUCGCCAACACUUUAAAAUCCACACAGAGAGGACAAUAUCAUACGUCCACCCAAAGAGAUCACCCCACGCCACCUGACGCUGAAGAGAUACUGUGCCUUUAACGCGGCACGGCGAGAGAAGAUACUGAGCUUACUGCACCAGGACCUCUGUCUUCAGUGCUGUCUCAGGUUGCCGAGCUGCGGAAUAGGGGACGGAAUGGCAGAGGACAGCUGGAAGUCUUUUUUCCUCUCCGUGUUUGAUUACAAGACGGAAAAAUAUGUCAUUGCGCAAAACAAGAAAGUCGGAAUAUUAUACAGAGUCGUCCAGCUAGCCAUUCUGGGAUACAUCGUCGGAUGGGUCUUCAUAACAAAAAAGGGUUACCAGGAGACGGAGGAAUCGAUCCAGAGCUCGGUGGUCACGAAGCUGAAGGGAGUGGUUCUCACUAACACUUCGGACAGCAGCCUCCACCUGUGGGGACCAGAGGACUACGUCAUUCCCUCACGGGGGGAAAGAGUUUUCGCCGUUGUUACAAACUUCAUAGAAACUCCAAACCAGAAACUAACAUACUGUGCAGAGAGCCCUAGGGUUCGUGAUGGCUGGUGCAGAACGAAUGAAGAUUGUAUUCCCGACACCGAAGUCAUUGCUGGUCAUGGAAUAAAAACUGGCCGCUGUUUGAAAACAGGUCCAAAUACAACAGGUACCUGUGAGAUAUUCGGCUGGUGUCCCAUUGAAAGAUCCAGAAAAGCUGAGAAACCCUUGUUAGGAAAAGCUGCAAAUUUCACAGUCUACAUUAAAAACACCAUCAGAUUCCCUAAAUUUGAAUUCUCAAAGUCUAAUGUGCUGGAUACAGAGGAUGAUUCAUAUUUGAAAAACUGUUCAUAUAAUAAAAUCUCUCAUCCCUACUGCCCCAUCUUUCGCUUGGGAGAUCUGGUUCACUGGGCUGGGCAUGACUUCCACGAAAUGGCUCUACUGGGGGGGUCCAUCGGCGUGCUGAUUGAAUGGAACUGCGACCUAGACAAGGGCUUCUCGGGGUGUGAUCCCCACUACUCCUUCAUUCGACUGGAUGCAGCGUCGGUGAACAAAACGGUCACGUCUGGAUACAACUUCAGAUACGUCAAAUAUUUCAGAGACGCCACAGGAGCGGAAUUUCGAAAUCUCACAAAGGCGUAUGGGAUACGGUUUGACAUCAUGGUGAAUGGGAAGGCUGGAAAGUUCAAUAUAAUUCCAACUAUCAUCAAUGUUGGCUCUGGGCUGGCAUUAAUGGGCGCUGGGGCCUUCUUUUGUGACCUGGUGUUGUUGUACAUGAUGAAGAAGAGCACAUUUUACAGAGCGCGGAAAUUUGAAAGCGCCAAGAACUGCAAGACAAACGGCGAAGGGGUUCGAAAGGAAGAGAAGAGCAACAAGUGCCUCCCCGAGCGCGUGCAGCUGACCGACCUGUCGCCAGAGUCUUAGCCAGCGACAGCCGAGGGGCGCAGGGCGCCAGCAGCGGGGCUCCCGCGGUCCGAGCCAGUGCCGAUGCCCGCGUCCACGCCUCGGGGCACUCGGUGACCGGGCCGGGCCGGGCAGCCUUGGUUCCUUUCUGCCAGCACUGAGCUGGUGGGACACGCUGGCAGCGCUGGGCAGGAGUCUCUUUAAAGGCUUCCCAUCCACUCCCACUCCAGCGGAGGAGAACGCUCCAGGCUGGGAGGAAAACACUGGGCUCCCUCCCCCCAGCUCUCCUGCUGCCGGUUCUUCCAUUUGUAUUAUAAGCGUUGUGAAUGUGAAGCAGGGUGAUGCAUGACUUAGAGUAACACCAGCACCAACAGCCCACUGUUCUAACGAAAGCCGGCCGGCCGUUCAAGAGCAAACGGGACGUGUUCUAGCAAUGCUAAAGGGGUUUGUGUCUCAGGAAGGCUGCUACAGCCUUAACUUCCUAAAGGCCACAGGCUGCGGUCCAUGCCCACCUGACCUUUAGGGCCAAUCGCUAGGGCGCAAGGUGGCGAGAUGAAGAGAUGGAGGGACUCUUACGCGUCAUCGGUCCUCUUUGCACACUUGCAGGCUGCGGAACGAAGUGCAUUUUCAACAGGUCGUUCAGAAGAGGAUGGACGGUAAUAAAACCAUAUGUGUGACAAAAAUGGAAAACAAAGUCUACCCUUUGGUAAUGCAGGAAGAUACAUUCUCAUGCGUUAAUAGGGCGUUGUUGGGGGCGACAGUGGCUCAGUGGUUAACGUUGCUGCCUUGGACGGCUGGGGCUCUGGGUUCGAUUAUGGACCUGGGCUGCUAUGUGUGUGGAGCUUGUAUGUUCUCCCCAGGUUUCCUCCCAAACCUUCCCAACUGGGCUUCUGGGAAACCGGCUGUGGUGUAAGUGUGCGCGUGCCCUGUGAUGAACUUUACCCUGCCUUGUGCCUGUUGCUUGCCUGGAUAGACUCUUUGCGCUUUGCAACCCUGAAUUGGAAGAAGCAGUUAGACGAUGGACGGAUGGACGAUGUUGUCACUUCUGUAACUACUCAUUCUAGUGAUUACAAAAAGACUUCAAGUAUUUUGCACAGUAAACAUUAAAAUACAGAUCAAGGAAACUGCAUGUAAUGAUGCAUAAUGGCUUAUUUGAAGUCAGAUUUUUUUUUUGUACUGUUCCAAUUCAGAUAAAGGACUUAAGAUCUCAAAUUUUUACCAUAAAAUUAAUUUACUCCCACACACUGGCCUUCACGGUUUAUGGGGAACCAAGUUAUAAAAUAUUUCAUGUAUUGUAGUUUAUCAAUUUUACCAAACUUUUUACCAUCGUUGAAGAGGAGUAUUUUAUAUCAUCAGUACAUAAAAACCAAAGAUUUUUUUUUUUACACUUGAAAUGACCGAUUCAAGCAGAAAAAUGGUUUCCCUGGUCACACCCCCACCCAAGCAUGUUGAUCUUUUUAAAUGCUUCUAAUAAAAACAUGACUUUCAUGGGCACUCAUUGCCUGAGUGAAUUUUUAGGGGUUAAUGUUUACAGGGAGAACAAUUCAGUUAUGAAAUUUUAGACAUGAUCACUUUCCUUAGAGAAGAUUGGUCUCAUGUAAAAGCUGAUAUAACCUACUUAAAGUUACUUAUUCAAAAAGAAAAGUUGUAUUAACAAACUGCAAAUCCACCAGAACUGCAUAAAAGUAGAAUUGUGGUCCUGCAGCUUCUCCAGGUGACCUUUGAAUUACUGUGAUAUUUUUAAGCCUUAAUGAGAGCAUGUUAUGAAAGUUUGUAACAUAACUUUAUAAGAUGAACGAGGAAUGCAAAACAACAGAUUCCAGUUGUGUUAACAGCUACCAUAAAAGUAUUUAAAAUUAAUGGUGCUCUGUAUGAAACCAAGCCAGUGUUCAACAUGUGGUUUCUAAUGCUUUACAAUUAUUUGCUUUGGUUUUGUCACAUUUAUUCUAAUACAAAUAUUUUCACCAGAAAAGAAACGAAACAUAACAUUUUGGCAGUGGAGUCAGCUGUCUGACUUUUGUUUUGUAAAGCUGCCUCUGUUCUGAAAAUCUGGUAGUAAAGAUUAAAAGUCCAUUUAAUAGCCAUCAGAACUACUGUACUGCAUUAGGCUUGGAUAUGAAAGUGUAUAACACACCUUAAAAAGUCAAACCCCUUACUAAAGGCUCCAUAGAUAGCCAUGGAACUUUAGAUUUGUAAAACUAAAAUAAGCCUUUCCUACUCUUAUUUCAUUUUCUCUUUUUAACUUUUCUUUUAAUACAGUUUUUUGUAUCAUACACGUUAUGUUCAUUUGAUUUCUUGGUAUCUGUAUAAAAUAAAUAAAAAGACCUACAACUCUUGUAGGCCUAAAAUUUACCCAUAUGUGCACAGUCAUUGUGUGAAGUAUCCAGAACAGUUUUGAAGAAAUCUUGUGUACUUUAUGGUAGAAUAUUAUGUUGUACAUGUACAAUAUGAUGUAUAGGAACAAGUAAAGGUUUAGUCCAUUUUGAAAACAGAAGAAAAGAAAUGUAGCAUUUCAGCUGUGGAGCCUUCUUCAUGUUCACAGAAUUCUAAGUGCAACAGAUGUUCAUUCUUAGCUACUUGAAAGUGCAGGGGUUUUUUUAGGACUGGCUGACCACACACACACACUUAUCAAUAGAGAAACGUACAUGAUUUGAAAUAUACUUUUAACCUGCAGACAGCACAGAUGUCUGUUUGAUAUUAUUUGCAUAAAACUAAUAAUGUGCAUUAAGCACACUGACUCAGAUGUUGACAUUUCAGAAGCCAUCAAUUUAUCCACUAGGAAAAGCAUUCUGGAUGUUUUUAAAAGCAAUCCAACUUUCAAAUAUAAGAUUUAUUGGGGAAAGCUAGAAAGGGUAGUUACCACACACAGACCAUCUCAUAACGUGGAUAAGUUAUUUAUUUUUCUAAAUUAUCUGAACUAAUGUUUCCAAAACUAAAAGACCACACACCACACAACCGUGUUAAACCAUUUAAACUGGGGUUGAAUUCCUUACAGUAAUUUCACAUUUCAGUUCAGUACAGAAGGGCAAAAAAAA